AUGGCGAGUGAUUCGGUUAACGUUAGAGAUCUCAUUGUAAAAGCUAAAGCAGCAAUGGAUUCGGUUAAAGUUGAAGAGCUCGUCGAAAAAGCAAAAGCUGCAGGGGAUCCGGCUGAACUAACGGUGUCAUUGGAUGCUAUAAAGGCGGCGUAUCAGGCUGAAAGAAACUUAAGGAUAGACACAGAGAAAGUUGAAACGUCGACGUUGCCUGGACUCGAACCUGUUGAUGGAUUGGAGCAUACUUGUACUGGCCGGUAUAGAGGUGAUCUGGACCUUCACGUGCACCGCCUUACACCAUCAUCAGUCUUGGCGGGAAGGCUUUGA